GAAGAAAACUGAAAUCGGAGGCAAAAAAGGGAGGGAUGGAUUUGCUUCCGGGGGAGAGUUCGUUAAAUAUGGUUAAGAAAACCGGGUUCAGGUCACUGAAGCUGGUGAAUGUUGAUAUGGACCAAGUUCUGGGUGACAAGCCGGUCGGAGUUGACUAUGGGAAGCUUGAGAAUGGUUUGUCUUACUAUGUUCGUUGCAAUUCGAAGCCCAAGAUGAGAGCAGCUCUCGCUCUUGGUGUUAAAGUUGGGUCUGUUUUGGAAGAGGAGGACGAACGAGGAGUUGCCCACAUUGUUGAGCAUCUUGCUUUCAGUGCAACUCAGAAGUAUACAAAUCAUGAUAUCGUCAAAUUUCUUGAGAGUGUUGGGGCAGAAUUUGGGGCUUGCCAGAAUGCGGUGACAUCGGCUGAUGACACUAUUUAUGAGUUAUUUGUUCCCGUUGACAAGCUUGAACUACUAUCUGAGGCGAUCUCUGUCUUGGCGGAAUUCAGUUCUGAGAUUCGUGUCUCAAAAGACGAUUUAGAAAGAGAAAGAGGUGCUGUUCUGGAAGAGUACAGAGGGAAUCGAAACGCUACAGGAAGGAUGCAGGAUGCACAUUGGCUUUUGAUGAUGGCCGGUUCUAAGUAUGCUGAGCGUCUGCCAAUUGGAUUAGAAAAGGUGAUUCGUACUGUUUCUCCUGAGACUGUGAAGCAAUUUUAUCAGAAGUGGUAUCAUUUAAGCAAUAUGGCAGUGAUAGCUGUUGGAGAUUUCCCUAAUACUGAGAGUGUAGUUGAGUUGAUAAAGAAUCAAUUUGGGCUUAAAAGUUCUGCACCUGAGCGUCCACUUAUACCAACAUAUCAAGUUCCAUCUCAUGAAGAGCCACGUUAUUCAUGUUUCAAUGAAUCUGAGGCAACUGGGUCUGCAGUGAUUAUUAGUUAUAAGACUCCAGCUGGUGAGCUGAAUACUGUGAGGGACUACAGGGAUUUACUGGCGGAAUCAAUGUUCCUUUAUGCUCUAAACCAGCGGUUCUUUAAAAUAGCCCGUAGAAAAGAUCCACCAUUUUUCUCAUGCUCAACUUCUGCGGAUGUUCUGGUUAAUCCUUUGAAGGCUUAUAUGAUAACUUCAUCUUGUAAACAAAAAGGAACGAUUCAGGCCCUAGAGUCAAUGCUAAUCGAGGUUGCAAGGGUACGGCUGCAUGGGUUUUCAGAACGUGAAGUUUCUAUAGUUCGAGCGUUACUGAUGUCAGAGAUCGAAUCUGCAUAUUUGGAACGCGAUCAAAUGCAGUCAACUAGCUUGCGAGAUGAAUAUUUACAGCAUUUUCUCCGAAACGAGCCUGUUAUUGGGAUGGAGUAUGAGGCUCAACUCCAGAAGACCCUUCUACCUUAUAUAACAGCUGCAGAGAUAUCGAAAUUUGCUGAUAAGUUACAAACAUCAUGCAGCUGUGUCAUUAAGACAAUUGAACCACGAGCUUCUGCAAUAGUAGAUGAUCUGAAAAAUGUUGUAUCUAAAGUUAGUGCUCUUGAGGAAGAAAGGAACAUUUCUCCAUGGGAUGAAGAACAUAUUCCGGAAGAAAUUGUUAGCAGAAAACCUAAUCCAGGGAAUAUUGUGCAGCAAUGUGAAUAUUCAAAUAUUGGAGCUACUGAAUUGAUUCUAUCAAAUGGCAUGAGAGUUUGCUAUAAGAGUACAGACUUUCUUGACGAUCAGGUCAUCUUUACAGGGUUCUCAUAUGGGGGUUUAUCCGAACUUGCUGAAAGUGAGUACUUUUCUUGCUCGAUGGGGCCAACUAUUGCUGGAGAAAUCGGUGUAUAUGGUUAUAGACCUUCAGUUUUGAUGGAUAUGCUUGCGGGUAAGAGGGCUGAAGUCAGCACAAAGCUUGGAGCAUACACAAGAACCUUUGCUGGUGAUUGCUCACCCUCAGAUUUAGAAACUGCCUUGCAGCUUGUGUAUCAACUAUUUACCACAAAUGUAACACCAGGUGAAGAAGAUGUGAAAAUCGUGAUGCAAAUGGCAGAAGAAAUGGUCCGUAAUCAAGACAGGGAUCCUUAUACUGCAUUUGCAAAUCGUGUGAAGGAGCUAAACUAUGGAAACUCCUAUUUCUUUAGGCCUACCAGACUAAGAGAUCUUAAGAAAGUUGAUCCAAUGAAAGCUUGUGAAUAUUUCAACAAAUGUUUCAAGGACCCAUCAACUUUUUCUAUGGUCAUUGUUGGGAAUAUAGAUGCUUCUAUAGCACUUCCUUUAAUAUUGCAGUAUUUGGGGGGAAUACCAAAGCCUCCCGAACCUCUCAUGCAAUAUAACCGUGAUGACCUGACAGGACUGCCAUUCACUUUUCCUAGAACCAUAAUAAGAGAAGUGGUACGCAGCCCUAUGGUGGAAGAACAAUGUUCUGUCCAGCUUUGCUUUCCUGUGGAGCUGAAUAAUGGAACCAUGGUGGAAGAUAUUCACGUUGUUGGUUUCCUGAGUAAACUUCUUGAAACGAAAAUAAUGCAAGUUCUUCGGUUCAAGCAUGGACAGAUCUACACUGUGGGUGUUUCAGUAUUUCUUGGCGGUAAUAAGCCCUCCAGAACUGCUAAUGUUCGUGGAGAUAUAAGCAUAAAUUUUUCUUGUGAUCCAGAAAUCUCCUCGAAGCUGGUUGAUCUUACUUUGGAUGAAAUAUUACGUCUUCAAGAGGAGGGGCCUUCGGCUGAGGAUGUAUCAACCAUCCUUGAAAUUGAGCAAAGAACCCAUGAAAAUGGGAUCCAGGAGAAUUACUACUGGCUGGAGAGGAUUUUGCACAGCUACCAGUCAAGGAUCUACUCUGGCGAUGUUGGGACUUGUUUUGAGACUCAAGAGGAAGGUCGGUUAAAAGUUAGACAAUCUCUGACCCCAGAAACAGCACAGUUGGCAUUACGAAACAUAAUACCUUAUCCUUGCAAAGAACAGUACACUGUAGUAAUCUUAAUGCCCCGUACUUCCCCCUUCAAGUUACUAGAUUCAUUCUUUCGAUCGACGACCAGUUUUGGUAGAGAUGCUAAGAUUUUAGCCGGGAUUGCCGGUCUUGCAAUUUUAGGUCUAAGCUUGUGGAGGCGUUCACGAAGUGUGCACUGAGAUCCUAGUUGAGUUUUACAUAGCAGAGCUCUAGAUACCAUGCAAGUGCGAAGGUUCCUGUUACGAUUAGGAAGGAAAUCCUUCUCAUCUUUAAACUGUAGAGGAGGUCCAUAGCAGCAUGAAUUCUGCAGAACCAGAAUGGAUACCGGAGGGUAAGAUUUAAAGACCACACAUUGAUACGGCCCCCAUUGGAGGCUUGUAACAUUAGCUUUUAUUUUCUUUGUAGCUCCAUAUGAUGUACUGAUGUAGUAUUGUUUCAUCAGUAAUAUAAUUGGGAACAUAAAUUCUGAUACACCCUU